UCUAAACUCCAAGGUAAACGGCGAGCGUUAGACAGUCACUAAUCGAGAUCAAGGGCGUGAACGAGAGCGAGAACCAGAGAGAGAGAGAGAGAGAUAGAUGGCUCUGAGAGCUGCGAUUCUCCGCCACAUUCGAGUCCCAGUUCAAACAACGGCACUAGAUGGAUUGGGAUUGCAGGCAUGGAAUCUCUGCAACUCCAUUCGGUCGAUGUCAUCCCAUGGAGACGAUCAUCUCGAGAGGGAAGAAGUGAUCGAGAGAGUUCUCGACGUUGUCAAGUGCUUCCCCAAGGUCGAUCCUUCCAAGGUUACCCCUGAUGUCCAUUUCGAGAAAGAUCUAGGCUUGGAUAGCUUGGAUACUGUUGAAAUUGUAAUGGCUUUAGAGGAGGAGUUCAAGCUGGAGAUUCCAGAUAAGGAGGCUGAUAAAAUUAAUUCCUGCCCCCUCGCUAUUGAGUAUAUUGCAAACCAUCCAAUGGCUGGCUAGUUCUAGGUUGUUGUGUCCAGAAUGUAAUGAUUGGGUCAUCCGUUUUUGCUCAACUUUGUUGAGUAGUUGUAGGAAUCUGAUAUCCACGGUGGAUGGAAAAAUAAUUUUGAUCCAUUUGAUAAUGUAAGUCAUUGAUAAACUAUAUAUUUUCUUGGAUUUCUCAUGCUUCAAGCUAAAACACUUGAUAGUUCUUUUGUCUUCAAUCAAAUUUGUGCUUUUGAUUGCCUCUUAGAUAUUUAUAUUUUUUGUGUUUGUCA